CAGAAAUGAAAUAUUUGCGUCAACCAGUGGCUCUCGCCCUCGAGGCACCGCCAUCGUCUGUUUUUCAGAGCAAAUGACGUCGAUAGUGCGCCCUCUCGUAGUUGUUGGCUGUGGCAAUGGACUUUGUCCGUACCUCAUCUCGAUCCGGCCCGAACAAGCCGGCGCUGGAUCUCGUUUCGGUCCGCCCUGCUUUCGCUUUGAGGGAAAUCCGGUGUUCGCCUGUUGGCAAAAAGCAUCCAACUCUCCAGCUUCCCUCUCCCUCGAGCCGCCCUGUCCAUCAGUCGGCCGACGUAGAAGGCUCCACAUCCAGCCCCAAGCCGAGCCACCUGAUCCCUCUUACUAGAUGUUCAGCCUUGUCCUCGGCUGUGGUACAAGUACCCAUACGAAAGCACCCGCAAUUAGCCUUCAGCUCAGACCUGUUUCUGUUGUUGGCCCAGAUGUCCGGGCUGGUCCCACCCCAGAGGUUUGAUCCGCGUACCCAGCGGCACAUCCAGACGAGCUACGUCAAGAAUAGGAUAAGCAAAACACUCGACUAGAGCCUCUGGUGUGUCUGAAUGCUGAAAGCGCCAUACAUCGCUGAGGGCCCAACAGACAACCCCAUACUGUAUACACUCGUGUACUGUAGGUAUGGCGUGUGCUGUGAGAAC